CCUUUAUACAAAUUACAUACUUUGCUUGCGAUGAAGUUCUUAGUCGGGUUUGACAUUUUGCAUUACAUGAAUUAAGUUGCAAUACUUCACCAGGAACCGAAUAGCAGGACUCUAAGGUUUUGUCCUAACUGUUAUGAUACCUCUGAGAGGACGGAUACCAAGUGACGUCACCUACGCUUACACAGUCCUGUCUUGAAUGUGCCUGGACGUGGAAGAGAAAGUGUAAUCGAGUCAUCAUGGAUGGUAAUAUGAUGCACAAUGAUGGAAAUUGAGAUUGUUUUCAUCGUUGAUAUUGGACAAACCUGUUAAGUGUCCUGAUGUCACCAUGCCUGUGUCUCUCAGUGUCUGGCGUGUCAGGAUCGGCACGUAUCUCAGGAGGUAUCGUCAUGAUCCAAAGACAGAAACUGAACAAUCAAAAGCAAACGACAAUGAAAAUAGACAUAAUCCAUCUUCCAAUGUUUCUUCAAGAGGUGAAAAGAGCAAAAUUGUUAGUAAGUCCUGUCAACAACCACCGUCUUCUUCUGUAGACCUGAAAACGGCCAAAAAUGAAUCUUCAAGUAACAUAAAAAAGGUUGAUGUUUGUUCGGAGAAUCUGUCAACCUCGACCAUUCCUGAUUGUGACACCGCUAACGGAUCUCCGUGUGAUACCAGAAACCUCCGUAAUAUCACUCAACAUGCUCAGCACGGAUCUUUGAAGUGUGAUGAUGACCGCAAUCUUUCAACCUGUUCAACAGAGAAUGAAUCCUUUUCUGUCUCUGAUCCUACUGACAUCAAGGCCCAAAAGCCUUGUGACCUUGACGAGUUGGACAUGAGAUAUAUAACCAUUAAUGGCACAUCACCUGCUAGCCUCUGCAAAUCAACUCAAAUAAGUGAACCAGACCAACAUGAUGGCACAUCGGAGUCAUACUCACAGGUAGCUAGUUCUCAGGACGAGGGCAAGCAUGACGAGAAAGAGACUUCAAGUCCUUUACCGUCGGGGAUACUUGGCCUAUUUUCGCCUAGUACUGAUUUAGAUACGUCUGGCAAUGUUCAGCUCACAUCGUGUACGAGGGAGAUCGCAGGGUUUUAUGGAGCACCAAUCUCUCCAGUCAGUAGAUCACGUUCAGCCAGCAGUGGAUCAGAUGAAACACAAAGGAAUUCAUUCUCUUCUGGUAUGACCAACGUGCUCCUCCUGAGGUCCGGUGACGUGGAGCAAAAUCCUGGUCCAAAUACUGACCUUGGGAAUCUAACUGAGUUUGAGCUUCAUCUCCUUGCUGACGGUAUGGAUCCAUCAGACUUCACGAAGGUUGGACUAGCUUUAGGAUUCACUGAGGCUCAACUAAGUCGAUUCAAGGAAGACAACAUUGGAAACAUAAUGCAAACUACCUAUAAGAUGCUUUGUGAAUGGCUGAAGAGAGUACGAGAUAAUGAGGCGAGGGAGGCACUGUCCAACAAGUUAAAAGACAUCAAUCUGGUACAGCUUGCCGACAGUGUAGAGAAAGGUAAGGCUGGAGAUCACAUACCAUCAAUGACGGAAGAUGAAUUCCAACGGGUCAUCAAAGAGGUCAAGAAAUAUUCGGCCAUUCACCACUGUCAAAUUCAAGCCGAUCCACUGAACAGCCGACUUAUACUUGAAUUUAAGCGGAUUUUCACAAAUCUGACGUUGAUGGAGGAAGAUAAGGGAACUGAGCAUAAGACGCCGCUACUCUACGAAGACCUCCUCAAGACCAAGGUAAACGGAGUCUUUCCUCAACGCUUGUUGGUUGAAGGUGAAGGUGGUGUGGGGAAGACAACUCUCUGUGCAAAGAUCGUUUGGGACUGGAUUCAUGGAGCAGGCUACCAAGAUUUCCAACUUGUACUUCUCGUCCUUCUUCGUGAAGUAAAGGAUAAGACUAUUGGAGAUAUUAUAAAGUCCUACCUCCCAGACGACAAUAUGGUUACAGCCAUGCAGCUAAACAAGUAUGUAUUUUCCCAUCAGAUAGACGUCCUUCUCGUUCUGGACGGUUUUGACGAGUUUGCUGGCGAUCUUGAUAGCUGUUACCAAAUCGCCCUUAUCAUCCUGAAUCGGCUAUUCAAGUCAGGGAAAGUACUAAUCACAUCAAGACGAUGGAGAUCAGAUGAGAUACGGAAGAUUCAAGAGCUUAGAAAGCUUUAUGCCUUCAUUGCCGUGGAAGGUUUCUCUGAUGAAAAUCUAUCUUCCUACGUCACCAAGUUCUUCCAUCCAGACAUAACUUCGGCUGAAGAUUUGAAUCGAUUUAUAUCAAAUAACGAUGUAAUCAGAGAGAACAUGGCUCCAUACCCCAUAUACACAGCUAUGCUGUGUAUCAUGUGGAAAGAUUUCGAUGGCGAACGUCGCAUAGCAAUGUCGAAGUUACAAACAUUUUCUCAGCUGAUUGAUGAGAUGGUUCAAUUCUUGGUCGAUCAUUAUCUUUCAAAGCUCGGUCUGACGUCAAGAGACGAGGAAUGGCAUGUACAGCGUGCAGAAGUACUUCUCUAUCUAUCCAACAUCGGUUGUCUUGCCUUCCAGGGGCUCAUGGAAAGGCGAUUAGUGUUCAGUGAACAAGAGUUUAAGAGCUGGCCAGGAUGUAUUAACACAGGUUGUCAAGUUGGAGUACUCACUAAACAAGCACCGAUCCUUCAGAGGAGACAACAAAGAUACAAUAAACAUCCCGCAGACUCAUCCGUGCAGUUCCCCCAUAAGCUGUUUCAGGAGUAUCUAUCAGGGAUGUAUCUGGCAUCUCUUCAUAACUCAAACAGAAGCGAAUACUACAAGUUGGUGAAAGAUAUUAUGAACAACAUCUGGGAAUUCAAGGAGCUUCUGUACUUCGCCUCGGCCCAGCAGAAGGAGGUCGGAUUGGAUAUCGUGUCUCAUCUCAUAGUAUCACGCGAUGAAGACUUCAUUGUUGACGUAGCAUAUGAGAGUCAAGACCAAACAGUGGCCAAAGCUGUGGCAGAUCAUCUAUCGACUUCAUCCAGGAACACAUUUGAGAUCAAUGAGAGGAUGCAGGCCCACACGGUAUCAGGACAUAUCUUCAUCAUGUAUCAUCGGAAAGUGGUAAACAAUUUACACAAAAUGUAUACACCCUGUGUAUUCGAAUAUCUUAUUUGAAAAAGUCUAAAUAUGUUUAUUAAUUUUCAUUUUUCCCGCAAUAUUCAAAACAAACGAGACCAAAGAGUAAUGCUCCUUAAAAACAUGAAACAUCCACCGAACAUCACUCGGUCCAAUUUCACUGUUAUUUAUUUUUAUAUCUGUCACAAAAUACACCCCUUGUAGAGGAAAUCAAAUGACGCAAAAAAAAUAAUGUAAUUUCAAAUAUUUGAUA